CUGAUCGACUUCAUACUUUUGAUUAUUAUCACUAUUGUCAUUCCCAACUCAUUCUUCAGUAAUCAAAGGGAUUACAACAAUCCAGAGAGGACAGAGACAGACAUUGUCCGUAAGUUAUUCAAAGAUGCAUUGAGUUUUCGGCUUAUGAGAAUGCAAGGGUAUUCAGUAACUCCAGGAAGCUUCUGCUGGUUUUUGCAUGAACCCGAAAUCAUGGCAUACAUUGAACAAAAUUCGGAAAGGUUCACUAGCGCAAUGUACAAUGUAUACAGAGCAACUGAUUUACCAUUUCCAAGAGAGGCUGAAAUGGAAGAAGCUAGAAUAUUUGCUCGAAAAUUACUGGAAAACAUAAGUACCACAUAUGGAAAUCCCAAUUUAUUUUGUUCCAAGGGACUCCAGAAUAUGAUUAAGUAUGAGUUAAAUGUUCCAUGGACUGCUCGUCUCAACCAUCUUUACCACAGGAAAUGGAUUGAAGAAAGUAUAACUGGCCCUCUGUGCUUUGGGAUGCCCUCAUUCUACGGGUUAUCUGGCCCAAUGAACAAAAAGCUAUUACAGAUAGCGGUGGAAAACUAUGAAUUUCGACAAAUGAUAUACAGACGAGAGCUGGAGGAACUUAAAGGCUGGUCUAAGAAAUUGCGACUUAGCGAGAUGGGUUUUGGGAGGGAAAAGACGGUUUAUUCCUAUUUUGUAACGGCCGCUAGCAGUUGCUUUCCUUUGAAUUCAAUCAUGCGCUCGGUUGCAGCAAAGGCUGCCAUAAUCGUCACUGUUGCUGACGACUUUUACGAUAUGGAAGGUUCUUUGACUCAGCUGGAAGCCUUGACCGACGCAAUUAGAAGAUGGGAUAGCAGAGGAUUAGAGGGGCAUGGAAAGACCAUAUUUGAUGCCCUUGAUGACUUUGUGAAUGAAACCGUUGCAUGUUUUUGUGGUCCUCAAGAAAGGACCAAAGUUGUGACGAAAUUACGAUACCUUUGGAUUGAAACCUUUGAGUCGUGGAUGGUGGAGAGAAGAUGGAGCUUGACCGGUUACAAACCGUCCAUGGACGAAUAUCUUUUAACCGGCAUGAUUUCAAUUGCAACUCACACGAUUGCUCUUCCAACCACAGAUUUCAUGACCCAAAACUCCACAAACGGAUCUUCCGACCCAAACCCAAAAUAUCACGGCAUCACGAAACUGCUCAUGUCCCUUUCCCGCUUAGCUAACGACACACAGAGCUAUGAAAAAGAAAAACUAGAUGGAAAGCUGAAUUACGUCUUGCUCCAUUCGGAGAAAAACCCUAGCACGAGUGUAGCUGAUUCAGUUGCCUACAUUAGAGGUAUUAUUCAGGAUAUAAGGAAGGAAUUCGUCGAGCACGUGUACAUGGAUAGGGAUGUUAAUGAGUCGUUCAGGAAAAUACAUUUGUGGAGCAUGAAAAUAUUUCAUAUGUUUUUUGAAUCCGCCAAUUUAUUCGACAGCGAUACUGCGCUUGUGGAUGAGAUACAGAGAGCCCUUUUUGUUCCAAUUGUUCAGAAACCGAAGCCCGAGCCUCUGUUAAGACCCCCUGUACCCUUCACCCCUAUAAAGAAUGUGAAGAAUAAAACCGAGAUUCUAGCUAGAUUUCGCCCUUUCACGAGACGUUCGGACAACAUAGGCUUCAUCAGACCAUCAUUUGUGAAGAAUUCAACUUCUUACGUUGGCAGGGAGAGGAUGAAUGUCAAUGUUCCAAUACAGUUUAAUCCAUUUCCAAAAUCCAGCAUCGCAACCCCAAAAUACACUGCCAAUUGCGCCCGUCGUCUCAAGUCGUCGGUGUUCUUUUCCCUCAGUGACCGGAAUAGAAAUCUUCUCCGGCUGUCAGUCUACCCAAUGGCCGCGACGCCGCGCAGUGAGGCUGCAGACGCCGACGCCUCCGCCAAUUCCUCUUCAUCUCUCCAAUUCGGCACCCCCCAAGCGCUUGAGCAUAUCCGCAAGCUCACGGACGUUGGGGCCAUGACCCGCCUCCUCCACGAAUGCAUAGCCUACCAACGCGCCCUGGAUCUCGAGCUCGAGACCGUGCUCUCCCAGCGUUCCGAUUUGGACCGCCAGCUCUCGAACCUCCACAAAUCCGCCGACAUUCUGGAGAUCGUGAAGGUUGACUCCUCCUACAUGCUGUCCAACGUCUCCUCCACCUCCGCUCUCGCCGAUCAGGUCUCCGCCAAGGUUCGCCACCUCGAUCUCGCUCAGUCACGAGUCCAAGGUACGCUCCUCCGCAUCGACGCCAUCGUCGACAGAUCCAGUUGCCUCGACGGCGUCCACAAGUCUCUCCUCGCCGAGGAUUUUGAAUCUGCCGCGUCGUACAUUCAGACUUUCCUCCAGAUUGACUCUAAGUUCAGGGACUCAUCCGCAGCCGAUCAGCGGGAGCAGCUCCUUUCUUACAAGAAGCAAUUGGAAGGCAUCGCCAGGAAGAGGCUCUCGGCGGCGGUGGAUCAGCGGGAUCACCCAACCAUUCUCCGCUUCAUUGGGCUCUUCAAACCUCUCGGCCUCGAAGAGGAAGGCUUGCAGGUCUAUGUGAGUUAUUUGAAGAAGAUCAUCUCGACGAGAUCAAGGAUGGAGUUCGAGCAAUUGGUGGAACUCAUGGAGCAACCCAAUAAUAGCAGCCCGUUGAAUUUUGUGGCUUGCUUGACAAACUUAUUUAAAGACAUUGUCUUGGCUAUUGAGGAGAAUGAUGAGAUUUUGAGGAAUUUGUGUGGCGAGGAUGGCAUAGUUUACGCGAUCUGCGAGCUCCAGGAGGAAUGUGACUCGCGAGGUUCCAACAUUUUGAAAAAGUUCAUGGAACACCGGAAACUUGCGAAAUUGACUUCGGAUAUUAAUUCUUACAAGAUCAAUUUGCUCUCAGUAGGGGUGGAGGGUCCUGACCCUAGAGAGAUUGAGCUUUAUCUUGAAGAAAUACUGUCAUUGACCCAGUUGGGUGAAGAUUACACGGAGCACAUGGUUUCGAAAAUAAAGAGCCUGAGCUCUGUGAAUCCGGAAUUAGCCCCACAAGCCACAAAGGCCUUCAGGAGUGGGAGUUUCAGCAGAGUUUCUCAAGAGACUACCGGUUACUAUGUCAUUCUGGAAGGAUUCUUUAUGGUGGAGAAUGUUAGGAAAGCCAUACAGAUUGACGAACAUGUGCUGGAUAGCCUCACAACAUCCAUGGUGGAUGACGUGUUCUACGUGUUGCAGAGUUGCUGCCGGAGGGCUAUUUCAACCUCAAAUAUUAGCUCGGUGAUUGCCAUUCUUAGCAGUGCCGUGAGUUUGUUAGGGGGUGAAUAUAGUGAGGCAUUACAACAGAAGAUGAGGGAGCCUAAUCUUGGAGCAAAGCUGUUUUUGGGUGGUGUCGGGGUACAGAAGACUGGUACUGAGAUUGCCACGGCAUUGAACAACAUGGACGUCAGCGCUGAGUACGCCCUGAAACUGCGGCAUGAGAUUGAAGAGCAAUGUCUUGAGGUAUUCCCAACCCCAGCUGACCGUGAGCGAAUCAAGUCUUGCCUGACCGAGCUCAAUGAGACUAGCAACAGCUUCAAGAAGGCUCUGAACGUGGGCAUGGAGCAGCUCGUCUCCAGCGUGACCCCUCGGAUACGACCCAUCCUGGACAGCGUGGCCACCAUCAGCUACGAGCUGUCAGAGGCCGAGUAUGCAGACAACGAGGUCAACGACCCCUGGGUCCAGAGGCUUCUCCAUGCUGUCGGGACUAAUGUGGCCUGGCUCCAGCCCCUGAUGACAUCCACCAAUUACGACACGUUCCUGCACCUCAUCAUUGACUUCAUCGUGAAGCGUCUCGAGGUCAUCAUGAUGCAGAAGAGGUUCAGCCAGCUGGGGGGACUCCAGCUGGACCGGGAUGUUCGGAUGAUGGUCAGUCAUUUCUCGGGCAUGACACAGAGGACUGUGAGGGACAAGUUCUCUCGCCUCACUCAGAUGGCCACUAUCCUCAACUUGGAGAAAGUUUCCGAGAUUUUGGACUUCUGGGGGGAGAACUCUGGGCCCAUGACGUGGAGGCUCACGCCGGCUGAGGUCAGGAGGGUGUUGGGCCUCCGGGUGGAUUUCAAGCCCGAAGCUAUAGCCGCUCUUAAGUUGUAGCCCGCUUUAUUUCUGUUGGUUACAUUGUUUUGAUGAUUUUUAUGUUGUCGGCAUUUUUAUAUGUUUGCUUUGUGUAGUCUGCUUCCCUCAUUACACACUAUACACAGACAUAUCCACGGGCUGAACCGGCUCGGUCAAGCUGGUUGACCGUGGGCCUUGCACCGACCCAUGUUUAUACUAUGGCUGGUUCAGGGUCACGAAAUUUUAAUUUUGUGAACCGCAGGUUCCGGUUCAGGGUCGGCCCGAAUUUCAUUGUUUUUUUAUUAAAUAUUUAGUUUUGGGCCGAACAGGUCAUUCCCGGUACUGGACCGACCAAACGAUAAAUCAAAUCUAGAUUGUUGGAGAUCUAACAA